CAUUACUCUCAUUUACAAACUAUUUUCUCCUAAUCUCGAGCUAUAUAUAUCUCAAUACCGAUUGUCCCAUCCAGAUACACAUUUGAAAAGAAAAUGUGUGAAGCAGUUUUAACAUUUGCAGAAGAAAUGGAGGCAGUGAAUGCCUAUGGCUGGGCUGCUAGAGACUCCUCAGGAAUUCUUUCUCCCUUCCACUUCACUCGCAGGACUAUUGGUAAGAAUGAUAUUGGCAUGAAGAUACUUUACUGUGGCAUUUGUCACUCAGACCUUCACUUUGCAAAGGACGAAGUGGGAAUGACCAUCUAUCCCCUCGUCCCAGGACAUGAGAUUGUUGGCGAGGUGACUGAAGUUGGGAGCAACGUUACAAAAUUUAAGGUAGGAGACAUCGCCGGAGUAGGGUGCAUGGUGGGAUCGUGUGGUUCAUGCAGCAACUGCACGCGAGACUUGGAAAAUUACUGUCCCAAUAUGAUAUGGACAUACAACAAACGCUACCAUGACGGAUCAAUAACUUACGGUGGAUACUCCGACAAGUUUGUAGUCGAGGAGCAUUUCGCAGUACGAAUCCCUGAUAACUUGCCAUUAGAGGGUGUUGCACCUAUGCUUUGUGCCGGCAUUACGGUGUAUAGCCCUAUGAAACACUUUGGACUACUUGAGCGUGGUAAGCACUUGGGUGUGGUAGGACUUGGGGGACUCGGUCAUAUGGCAGUGAAGUUCGCCAAGGCUAUCGGAGUAGAAGUGACUGUCAUAAGUACUUCUCCAAACAAGAAGAAGGAAGCAAUGGAAAAACUUGGUGCCGACCAUUUUCUGAUCAGUCACAACCAAGAAGAAAUGCAGGUUGCCAUGGGUACAUUGGACGGCAUCAUCGACACAGUUUCAGCUCCUCAUUCUCUCUCGCCGUUGCUUGACUUGUUAAUGACGGACGGAAAGCUUGUUGUGGUGGGUGCUCCCCUCCAACCUCCAGAGCUACCGGUGUUUCCUCUGAUCAUUGGGAGGAAAUUAAUUGCCGGGAGUGCAACUGGGGGAAUGAAAGAGACUCGAGAGAUGAUAGACUUUGCAGCAAAGUACAAUAUCACAGCUGAUGUGGAAAUCAUUCCUAUGGAUUAUGUGAACACUGCUUUUGAACGAGUUGCCAAGGCUGAUGUUAAGUACCGCUUUGUCAUUGAUGUCGCAAACACCUUGAAUUCUCCAUAUUGAGUUCCCUUUCUAUUCAAUUGUAGAACCUGAAAUAAACUAAGUAAUGUAGAACCUGAAAUAAAGGAUUAAGAUUUUUGAAUAAAAAAAAGUGUCCUCUAAACUUUAAAGACAUUAAUUUGAGAUGACAAAAUGUAUGCUUGCCAACAUAGAAUUUUCAUAAGAUGGGAUAUUGCUUAAUUUCGAGUUUACUAAUCUUGGUGAGACUUAAAAAUGUUACCAUACAUGUCU